UAUUAGAAAUCUAGACGGGACUCGUCUUAUUCACAUACAUUUAUCAUCUAUGCGACAUAAGCAUUUUGAACCAGCUAAUAUGAAUGCAUUAUUAGAUCAUAUAUGCGGUGUUGUGAAUAUCGAUAUUGAUAUUACACCAACGACGAAUAAUCAUCCUGCUGUUACUCGGGAUGUUAUUGCUGAUUCCUAUAUUAGUAAAAACCUGUUAACUAUAAAUAACGACUAUAAGUUACAAUGGAAAGAUUUCUAUAGUACAACAGUGGAUAGCAUAACGUUUAAGUCUCGUGCAGUGAAUAUAUCACAAUAUGACACAGCAUCAUUGGGGUGUAAACAAAGUUUAAAUAUGACAUGCAAACAAAUUGAAGUUGAAUCAAGUAAUAGAAUAUUGACAGUUGAUUGCGAUAACAACAUGAACAUAAAUAUAAACCUGCAAUCAGUGUCUCUCAUAGGACAGUCGGAUGGUAACUACGCCCAAGGUGCCACUGAACAAUAUAACCGAGCCAGUAUUGAGGGAACCGAACAUGGCAACCCAGGUACCGACCUAGCGACGGACUCUAUUGUGGUAUUUGUACCAACGAAUACAACAGAACCCCCGCCAAUGCAAAGGUAUAUGAGAUAUGACAGAGAGACGAACACUGUCAGGUAUAGCAUGGAUGUAAUCAAGGCUAUGUUCCCAACGCGUGAUCCCGAGGAGUCACAAAUGAUGGUAGACGUCAGCCUCAAAGCAGUGAGAGCAUAUAUACAAGACGACGAUACCAUUCACAUCAUAGAAGGGCAACAAGAGCAUGGGUCGACGGGUGACAAUAAUUUAUUGAAAUGUUCGAAUAAAAUAUCAAAAAAUCGUAAAAUGCUAAACCAUCCAGUUAUGAUAAAGAGGAUGCCUGACAUGAUCCUUAGUUACGUCGAAAACAAUGCAAAACGCAGACGUGUCGAAAGUGAUGAACAUCAAUUAAACGAUAUAAGCGCACACAAUGACACCAACAUAUCAGACAGUUCAACGUUUAUAAGCAGUAAUGACGAACUGGCAUAUUCUUUUGAUGAUGAUUUGUAUGCAGAGUUAGAACGGUUUAUAGAAUCCCAAUAUGAUUCACUUGCAGGGUGUUCGCAGAACGAGAUGAACCCUGACAUGCCUGGGUUGAAUUCCACUACAGAAAAUAUUUGCGCCGAUAUUUACCCGAGUGAAGACAGGUCGUUUGAAAAAUCCAGUGCACCCGGACCGAAUACUGGUGGGAACAUUGACGAAUUGCGCAACUGGGCUACCCCCGAUGCCAUUUCGCUGUCUGAUGGGCAUGCAUCAUCACCGUCACAAACUAACAACAAUGGAUCAUCAACGGUAGAUGAUGCAGAUGUUAUAAUAGGUGAAGUGUCCAGCAGCACAUCGGUCGUGACCGGAAGAACUGAAGUGCACGAUGUGAUGAAUAGUGAUAAUGUAUCAAACGACGGACGUAAUUCUGCUAGUGCUGUUCCAGGAUUUGACAAUAGGGUUGCUUCAGCAUCUACCUUACCAGAAUUCGCAACUUUAGUUCAAUGUAGUUCUUCACCUAAAGAAAACAAUUCAGAAUUCUCUGUUUAUUUUGGUCCAACACCAAGCUUUCCAUUAGUACUAUUAAUCAAUGUGAAGGUGGCACAAGAUAUUUACCUUAACUUAGGCUACGAUUUUAUUCAUACGAGGAACAUGAAUAAUGCAAUGGGCACCUAUACGGGUUUCGCUAUAUCCCGUGAGAACGUGUUGAACUACCGCAUAUCAGGAGUCAUUGACGCAAGCCGUCAUGAAUCUACCUUGUUUAUAGAACCACCCAACGCACUGCUGAGUGAGGUGGAAUCAUUCCGAUGCAACGACAAUUUGUGGCAUUAUGUCAUCAUCCAUACUGUAUGCAUUGGAGCAGGUGUACCCACCGUGACACAGACAAUAUACCAGGAGGUCAUGGAUGGAAAUUCACCAACGUAUAAAAAAUUGGACAGUAUAGAUGCGGCUGCAUGGGCCUUGUUCGCAAUGAUGCGUUCGAGUAAUCCAUAUUCAGCAGUGACGUAAGUUUGAUCAACCAAUGAAGAUUUUGAAUUUUAACGUCCAAACUACAUAUAACAACAUAAUUGCAUUAGAUAACAAUUAAUGAUAUCUGAAAAGG